GCCCGACCCGAUUCACCGAAAGCCCAAGAUCAUGUAGAUGAGAGCUAUAUAAACUCCUUUAAACCCUUCCCAUCUUAGGGUUUCGUAUCAAUAAGAGUAGCAGAGCAGCUGUGGUUGUCUUGCAUCAGAGAAAAAUGGCGAGAAUCAAGGUCCACGAGCUGAGACAGAAAUCGAAGACGGAGCUGUUGAAUCAAUUGAAGGAUCUCAAGGCUGAGCUUGCUCUACUUCGCGUUGCCAAGGUCACCGGCGGUGCUCCUAACAAACUCUCCAAGAUUAAGGUGGUGAGGUUAUCUAUCGCCCAGGUCUUGACUGUGAUUUCCCAGAAGCAGAAGGCUGCUCUUAGGGAGGCAUACAAGAACAAGAAGUUCUUGCCCCUUGAUCUGCGUCCCAAGAAGACCAGAUCUAUCCGCAGGAAGCUAACUAAGCACCAGCAAUCCUUGAAGACAGAACGUGAGAAGAAGAGAGAAAUGUACUUCCCCAUGAGAAAGUAUGCAAUUAAGGUGUAAGGUGGUAGUCUUCACGAUAGACUGUUUUUAUUAUUUGCAAUUAUAAACCUAUUGGUUUACUAGAUUUUAUUUGAAUUUAUGUUUUGGUCUUAUGUUUGUAAACUGGGAACCGUGCACCUCACUAUUACCAGGAGCAAGAUUUAUGUUGACAUUUGAUUUCUUUUCAUGUUUAGUGAAUCCUUGUAGCACUA